AUGCCUCCAGCAUCAGUCACCAAUGUCCGAACCAGCCUUGAGGACGGAGCGGUAAGAGAGGGCGUCCGCAACACCAGCCUCCUGGCCAACUGGCGCAUUUUGGCUGUGACACUGUACAUGGGCAUCUCACUCUUUGAAUAUGGAUUCGACAAAGGGGCCAUUGCCGGCUUCCAGGCAAUGCCGGGAUUCCUCCAGAUCUUUGGGUACCAGACCGCCUCAGGCGCAUGGCACAUUCAUACCGGCCCUCAGCAAAUCAUCUCGUCGUUCAUGAUCCUGGGCAGCUUUGUCGGGUCCAUACUGACCGGCCCUAUUGGCGCCCACCUCUGCCGCCGUUACUCCCUGAUAGUGGGUUGCCUGCUCAUGAUAGUCUGCAUCGUUGUCCAGGCUCUCACGACCUCGAUGGGUGCGCUCUACUUCAUCCGCUUUUUGACAGGUGUCGCCAACGGCUUCUUGCUCAACUUUUCCAUGGUCUAUUUACAAGAAUCUGCCCCUCCCCACCUCCGCGGUGUCUGCUUUGGUGUCGUGACGAGCUGGAUUGUCAUCGGAACCACUAUCGGAAUGGUUAUCAAUAACGCGACCGCCGACUUGAUGAGUCGGAAGGCCUAUCAAAUUCCACUCUAUAUUUGCUUCGUCCCUCUAGUCAUCCUUAUCUUCACUCUACCCUUCCUCCCGGAGUCCCCCCGUUGGCUUCUUCACCAUCACCGCCCAGAAGAGGCGCUGCGCAGCUUGCGCUUCUUCCGCAAGGGCGCCUACGACGAGUUGGCCUUGAACCAGGAAUUCGAGGCGAUGAAGGAGAUUGCAGAUCGAGAGGCCGAGUCCCAGAAAGACUGGCGCCUCAUUUUCGAGCUCUUCCGUGGACACAAUCUACGAAGGACGAUUAUUUGCGUCGGUGUUGGAACCGCCAAUGCCGGUGUUGGCGCCAUGUUUAUACUGGCAUUUGGCACUUAUUUCAUUAAGAUGGCGGAUGUUGGUGAUCCCUUUAAAAUGAUCAUCGUCACGAACUGCGUGGGUCUUACUGGACUCUUUGCAACAUGGUUCGUUGUCACCCGGGUUGGAAGACGCCGCAUCAUCCUUGCGGGAUGCAUUCUUUGCACAAUUUGCAUGCUCGUCAUGGCAGCCAUAUACUCUUCCCCGGCAGUGUCUAAAUCAGGUGCGGGCGCAGGACUCGUGGUUCUUGUCAGCAUCUAUGUCUGGGCCUUCAACUUUGGCCUCGAGCCAUACGUCUACCUUGUCGCCGGGGAGCUCCCUGCACAGAACCUGCGCGCAUAUACCAUGGGCCUUGCCGCAGCGACUAGCUUUGCCUUUGCGUGGCUGUGUGCUUUCACAACCCCUUACUUCAUCAAUCCGACGGCCUUGAACUGGGGCCCCAAAUACGGAUACAUCUGGUUUGGGAGUGGCAUCAUUGUCUGCAUAUUCGUCUAUUUCAUGCUGCCAGAAGUAAGAGGCAGGACACUGGAAGAGAUCGAUGAAAUGUUCAGGAAUAAAGUCCCAACCAAGGAUUUCCCGAACUAUGUCUGCGUCGAGGGUGAAGAAGCCAAGAGAAGAGGAUUGGUGAAAGUCAUGGGAGCAGAGAAGCCAGAUGUAACCAUGGUUGAAGUUGUCGACGACAGGAAGGCUUGA